UUGACCAUCUCUAAUUUAUCGAUGCCGUCACAAAAACCUGUAAACAACGACGUGGACGACUAAAUUUAAUUAAUUGUAGCUAAUAUAAAUAUGUUGAAUAUUCUGCUAUUCUUCCUAGUGGCCAUUGGUUACCAACAAAUCCAUGCAGAGUUCACAGCCGCCGAUUGCCGAGAACUCGGUUUCAUUAAGGCCCAAUUAAUCUGCUCCAGCUGUGAUAAACUCGAUGAUUUCGGCCUCGAAACACUCAAGCCACACUGCAAACAAUGCUGCACACAAGAUCAGGAACCGGCGUCUCAACGAACCUACGCCAAGGCUAUAUUGGAGGUUUGCACAUGCAAAUUCCGUGCCUAUCCUCAGAUUCAAGCCUUCAUCCAAAGUGGGCGACCGGCCAAAUUCCCCAAUUUACAAAUUAAAUAUGUUCGUGGCUUGGAUCCCAUUGUCAAAUUGUUGGAUGCCAGUGGCAAAGUUCAGGAGACUCUCUCCAUAACCAAAUGGAAUACCGACACUGUCGAGGAGUUCUUUGAAACUCAUCUGGCCAAAGAGGGCGCCACUCCCAGCAGCGGAGGUGGCAAGAGCUCCUACAGUGUGGUCGAAGAUGCCAACGAUGAUGAUGAUGCGGAUUAUUUACGUACGAAUAGAAUAUAAAUUGGAAAACAAAAUAUACAUAUAGAAAAUAACAAAUGAUGAACUUCAAGACUCAUCUACACAUGAUUGAAAGAGAGAGAAGACAUAUCUUUGCAUCAGACAAUUUAAGAGUAACAAGAAACAAGAUCUUGAUAUACACACAAAUUAAUACAAAUCCUUGCUUAAGGUAUUAAUCUGAAAAGGUCGAAACCUGAAGCAAAUGUCUUUUAGCUUGAUCAACGGCUUAAAGUUAGAAUUAUUAUAAAAAUCGAAGCAAUAGUCUAUAGUCAUUUUAUUGGUUAUCCUUACCACUGCAAGCUGAUCUUUUAAUUAAUUUGUGUAUGGAAUGGAAUAUAUGUAUAUAGUUUUGA